GCAGAAAAGUUUUAUUAUGUCUGGUUACAGGUCAUGAUAUUUCCCAUCAUCUAUAACUGGGUGAUCAUCAUUUUGAGGACGUGCUUCACUACAAUCGCAUUCAACUACCUGCCUGUCUGGAUGACACUGGACUAUGUGGCAGACCUCAUGUAUUUGGUUGACAUGAUAAUCACUGUCCACACAGGUUACUUGGAUCAAGGCAUCCUGAUCAAGGACCUUGCUCACCUGAAGAAGCGUUACCUGCACUCUAAACAUUUCCUAAGGGACCUGGUUUCCUUGCUUCCCACAGACUUCCUCUACUUUGUCUUUGGCCUCGAAACUCCAAUGGUGAGGAUCAACCGUCUUGUGCGUAUACCACGACUUGAUGAGGCUCUGGAUCGCAUGGAGACAAGAACCUCCUACCCCAACACCUUCCGUAUUACCAAGCUGAUGAUCUACAUCUUUGUGCUGAUCCACUGGAACGCCUGUCUCUACUUUGCACUGUCCAGCUACAUCGGCUUCGGAAGUGAUCAUUGGGUCUACCCCAACAUCACCAUGCCCGAGUUUGCCUCCAUGCGCCGUCAGUACUUUUACUGCUUCUGGUUCUCUGCCCAGAUUUUCACCACAGUGGGAGACACCCCACUGCCAAAAAGGGAAGAGGAAUACUUGUUUAUGAUUGCAGACCUGCUCAUUGCUGUGCUGGUGUUUGCUUCCAUUGUUGGAAAUGUUGGCAAUGUCAUCACAAGCCUAAGGGACCGUGAUAAUGUCUUCUUUCCUAACCAUGAGUUGGUGAAGGCUUACCUGCGCAGCCAUCACAUUAGCAAGGAGCUUCGACAGCGAAUCGACAACUGGUACCAACAUCUUCACAUCAACAAGAAGAUAAUGCGAGAGAAGGAAAUCCUGGAGCAGCUGCCCUUACAUCUGAGAACAGAGAUCGCUGUUAGCGUUCACCUUCCCACGCUCUCCAAAGUCACCAUCUUCCAGAGCUGUGAGAAAAGCCUGCUGGAGGAGCUGGUGCUUAAACUAACACCUCAGGUGUUCAGUCCAGGAGAGUAUGUCUGCAGGAAAGGAGAUGUGGGCCAUGAAAUGUACAUCAUCAGAGAGGGAAAACUAGCAGUUGUAGCAGAUGACGGGGUCACAGAGUAUGCUGUGCUUACUGACUCAAAUUUCUUUGGGGAAAUUAGUAUUCUCAACAUCAAAGGCAACAAGUCUGGCAAUCGCCGCACUGCCAACAUCCGAAGCAUUGGAUACUCUGACCUGUUCAGCUUGUCAAAAGAAGACCUGACCGAUGUGCUAUCAGAGUUCCCCGCAGCUAAACGUCACCUGGAGGAGAAAGGCAGGCAGAUCCUGACCAAGAUGGGCAUGUUGGAGGACACUGGGGAGGAAAAGGAAGGGGAGGAGGACAACGUUGAAAAAAAGAUAAACACGUUAGAAAGCAACUUGGAAAUCCUGCAGACAAAACUAGCUCGACUUAUGAUGGAAUUAGAGUCGAGCAAUCGUAAGAUGCAGGCCAGGGUGGAGCAGCUUGAAUUGGAAGUUGCAGCAUUGGAGAAUCAGCCGCUAGAAGAUGAGGAAGAAAGAAUAAAAAGAGACGAGAAGAGGCUGAGGGAGAAGAAGAGGAGGGUUUAG